CUCUUAAAGAUAAUGAAGUUGAUUGUGAGACUGCAUGUUUAGAUGAGGUUUUUGAUUUAUCUCAAGUGUAUACAAGUACUAUUCUUCAUGAAUUUCAAAAUCAAAUUGUCUCAAUUUGGGAACAACCAAUCCUUUAUUCAACUAGAACUUCUAAUAAUGAUAAUGAAAACCAACUUUCUGCAACGUGGAAUCUGAUUUCAAGUUUUGAUAUAUGUAAAUUUUCAAAUAAAGAAAUUGAAAUAGCACAGUCUCAUUUGAAAGAGAGGCAACAUUAUGCAAAGCAAUUAAACUCUAAUCAUUUGAUAGUCAAAAAUCUAGUAACAAAAGCUAAAAAAGGUCGAUCACAAAGAAUACAAUGCUUUCUUUCUAGCAUCAAAAUUAAUCAGCAGUCAGUUAAAAGUAGAAGUAACAGGUAUAAACAUUGUGGUGUACAAGGACACAACAUAAGAAGCUGCGAAAAAAAGCAAGAUAAUUCUAAAUCAGAGGAUGAUAACUCUGAAUUAGAGAAUAAUAAUACUGAAUCAGAGGAUGAUAAUACUGAAUCAGAGGAUAAUAAUUUCAGAUUAGAGGAUAAUAACAUAGAAAAUGAUAGUAAAAAUCUAACCAAAAGACAGCGCUUAAAAAGAGCAAAUAAAUAUACAUGUUGUGGUAAACAAGGGUAUAAUAUCAGGAGUUGUGUUAAGAAAUUAAAGAAUAAUGAGACAUAA